AUGCCAACUUCUCUAACAUGCCAGUACGAGCCAGAAAGAGAAGAACGCCGCAUGUCGAUAACACGAAUGUUUGAAGAAGGAUGGAAAAGUGAAAGGCAUGAAAUAGAAGAGCGGCAUGAUCAUGAAGCGUACUGUCACGUGGAUACGGUACUCGAAACGAAUACGUCAAUUAGUCCAGCGUCCGCUGAUACUAUCACGAUUACUAAUAUCAUACAUUCUGAUGGUUGGGAAGAUGUAUCAGUGGGUGUGCGUGUUGUAUUGCAGCAUCAUCGAUACAGAGAUAGGGACGGAAAAGAACGUCCGACAGAUUAUCAUCAGGCCGACUAUAGAAAUACAAGACUAAAGGACUGUAGUGAAAAAGGUUAUAGCGAGCAGCAGCAACAAGAUUAUCCAUGUAUACUGCUUAACUGUGACCCGUACUAUGAUGCUCGGUUUACGAAUAGAGUAGCCGGACAUCCGGGUGAAGAAAGUAAUCAGAUACGGAUUCAUCAACAAGCAGCACAAAAUCGUGAUAAAACCGAAAAAAAUCACAGAUAUCUGGAGGAAAAAAGCGUUCACAUGUCUGUUGAUUAUAGUGCGCAUGAUUUUCACGAAUCACGUGCUGUCAUAGAUGCUGCUGCACGCGACAAUAUACGCGUUCGACGUCAUGGCGAUACUACAGUGAUAACCGAAUAUCGUGAUCCUUAUUCGUUUUAUUGGCAGUUAGAUCAGGCAAGACCUCAAGAGGAUGAAACUCCUAAAUCAACACCACAGAUAGAUUACGUUAUCGACGAAGAAAUCAUAAAUGAUGCAGUUCUUUCUCCUGACAGUCAUGACAGCGGAAUAAACGUCGAAGUACAAUACAGUAGGCCAAUACGAUCCGACGAUCCUCCGCCCGCAAAACCACUUCCAUUUGGAUGGGAAAAACAUGAAGGCAUGCAUGCAUUUUUUGACAUAUUUUGA